AAUCAUUGUCUGAAGAAGCUUUUUUGAUUCUCCCGAGUUCUUACAAUGUCGUCUCUCAAACUCCAGUUGCAAGUUAAGGACAAUCAUGUCACGAUGAACAACGGAAUUCUACAGGUUACGUUAUCGAAACCCGACGGAAUUGUCACCGGAAUCCAGUACAAUGGCCUCGAUAACUUGCUCGAGGUUCGUAACGAAGAAUCCAACAGAGGAUAUUGGGACCUGGUAUGGAGUGGAUCAGGAACUACAGGUGCUUUCGAUGUGAUACGAGGAACAAGCUUCAAAGUAAUAGUCGAGAAGGAAGAACAGAUCGAGCUUUCGUUCACACGAACUUGGGAUCCAUCACAAGAAGGAAAAGCUGUACCUUUGAACAUUGACAAAAGAUUUGUGAUGCUUCGAGGUUCGUCGGGGUUCUACACAUACGCAAUCUACGAGCAUUCCGAGCAGUGGCCUGCUUUCAGCAUGGCAGAAACCCGGAUUGCCUUCAAGCUCAGAAAAGACAAGUUCCAUUACAUGGCCAUUGCCGAUAAUAGACAAAGGUUCAUGCCUUUGCCUGAUGACCGCUUACAAGACAGAGGCCAAGCUUUGGCUUACCCUGAAGCUGUUCUACUUGUUAACCCUAUCGAACCCGAGUUCACCGGGGAGGUGGACGAUAAGUACCAAUACUCAUGCGAAAACAAAGACAUUCUCGUCCAUGGAUGGAUAUCUACCGAGCAGCCGCUGGUCGGGUUUUGGCUCAUCACUCCGAGUCAAGAGUUCCGAACCGGAGGCCCUCACAAACAGAACUUGACAUCCCACGUCGGACCCACCUCUCUUGCCGUAUUCUCAAGUGCACAUUAUUCGGGAGACGAUCUCGUGCCAAAGUUCGGUGUCGGAGAACAAUGGAAGAAAGUUUUUGGGCCGGUUUUCAUCUACUUGAACUCUUCUACAGAUGAUGAUGAUGAUCCUCUAUGGCUAUGGGAUGAUGCUAAAUCUCAGACCGUUGCGGAAGUUGAGAGUUGGCCGUACGAUUUCCCGGCUUCGGAGGAUUUUGUGAAAGCCGACCAACGUGGUAAUGUCGUUGGUAGACUGCUUGUUCGAGACAGAUACUUAGAGGAAGGUUUAAUUCCAGCAAAUAGAGGUUAUGUCGGGUUGGCUCCACCUGGGGCUCCUGGUUCAUGGCAAAGGGAAUGCAAGGAAUACCAAUUUUGGACAACGUCGGACGAAGAAGGGUUCUUCUACAUAAGUGGAAUACGACCUGGUCAAUAUAACCUCUAUGCAUGGGUUCCCGGUUUCAUCGGAGACUUCAAGUACGAGGAGAUUAUCACCAUAACCCCAGGAUGUUAUAUAUACGUGGAAGACGUUGUUUACCAGCCUCCGAGAAAUGGACCGACAUUAUGGGAGAUUGGCAUCCCCGAUCGGUCUGCCGCUGAAUUUUAUGUACCUGAUCCCAGCCCCAAAUACAUUAACAGACUCUACGUUAAUCAUCCCGACAGGUUUAGGCAAUACGGAUUAUGGGAAAGGUAUUCGGAAAUGUACCCAGACGGGGAUUUGGUCUACACGAUUGGCACCAGCGACUAUGGAAGAGACUGGUUCUUUGCCCAAGUCACCAGGAAAAAAGACAACAAAACAUAUCAAGGGACAACAUGGCAGAUCAAGUUCAAACUAGAGAGUGUGGAUAAGGCAAACUCAUACACCUUAAGAGUUGCCAUUGCAUCAGCCACCCUUUCUGAACUCCAAGUACGUACGAUUCGGGUGAAUGAUGCGAAUGGAAGUCCGUUGUUCACGAGCGGAUUGAUCGGGAAGGAUAACUCGAUAGCGAGGCACGGAAUACACGGUUUGUACUGGUUAUUCAGCAUUGAAGUGCCUGGUUCUAAGUUCGUUGAAGGCGUCAAUACCUUCUUCUUCACUCAGCCAAGGAGCACAAGUCCUUUCCAAGGCAUAAUGUAUGAUUACAUUCGAUUAGAAGGGCCUUCUCCUCCUCUUGCAUUUGGUUAACAAAUAUGAUUGAUCCCUUUUCUGAUUUAUUAGACUGCUUGCUUUCUUUCUAAAUGAAUGUCGGAAUAUUCCUUGUGAUCUAAUCUCUGUGUCAUGACAAUUUCAAUGACUCUCUUGGUCUUUGAGUUCUUGCUUUUGAAGAGUUCAUGAGUGAAGAAACCUUUUUUUUU